CUCUUUAACACUUAGCCUUAAACUGAGUUCCCCUCCAGCCCACAGCCGGGAGCAGCUCUCAAUCCCGGGUGAGGCACCGAACACUUGAGCUAUUUCAGCCACAUGCAAAGCAUCAGAAUCGAGAUCGCAGCUCAGAGGACACCGGGCAUCCCUUUCACCUUCUAAGGAACCUUGUAUUCUUGUACCAGGCUGCCUGGGACUUUUCUUGGGCAGUAAACAAAUACACAAAGCAGGGGUAAGACUGCGUGAAUAUGUCGAAACAGCCAGUUUCCAAUGUCAGAGCCAUCCAGGCAAAUAUCAAUAUCCCAAUGGGAGCCUUUCGGCCAGGAGCUGGGCAACCCCCCAGAAGAAAAGAAUGUACCCCAGAAACGGAGGAGGGUGCUCUUCCCACCUCAGAUGAGGAGAAGAAGCCAAUUCCAGGAGCGAAGAAACUUCCAGGACCUGCAGUCAACCUGUCGGAGAUCCAGAAUAUUAAAAGUGAACUGAAAUAUGUCCCCAAAGCUGAACAGUAGUUGGAAGGAAAAAGGAUCCUCUUUGAAACAACUAUCUCCUGAGAAAGGCAACAACAAGAAAGAAACCCUUGUAUAUUCUCUUUCCCUUUUCGAUCAGUUAGAAAACGACAAUGCCUGUCAUCUCUGAUCAACAUAACCAGUUAGGAGAUAUGAUGACAUUCUCUCUGCCUGACCUAUUUUGUCUAAUGGGGCCCACUCCUUUGCCAUCUGACAAGCUAACCUCUCUCUUGAGUUCCAUUUAUAACAGAGCUUUAUUAAAGGUUAACUCAUUAGGAAUAGAUCCAUCUCCCUCCCAAGGUUUACUUCAUUCGUUCAAUAAAUUAAGCCACAAAAUUGGACUGUCCAUUUAUGCUUUAUUUAAGCUCAUAUUCUUUCUAGUCCACAAAAUACUGCAAAUUGACAGGUGAAAACAGUAUGAGUUCCCACUGCCCACCCAGCUGUCUGUGGUCACUUGUUAUUUGUCUCGUAUUUAGUUCAAGUAAUGCUUGUGUGGCCUGUGGAAAUUUUCCUAAGUCUCUGAUGGCAGUUUAAGAUCUGGAGCUACAAUGCUUCUGUGAGGAGCCCCUGGACCUUUGCUAAUGGUUGAAGGGCCUCUUCUUUUAGUCCUCAGGCAACAGCCUUUGGCCAAGUGUUAUGAAUUUCUGAUGUUUGACCCCUCCGCUCAUCUUGAAAGGUUUGUAAACUCCAUUUAUCCACUAUUCUUGUUGCUGUCACACAGGUGACCUCACUGAACAAUUGGAGCAUUAAUGGCCCAAAGCUGUCAAAGUGACUUGUGCACUUCACUCCUCAAAGCCUUUUCUUCUUGUUUUUAGUUGCCAGAGCCUGAAAGUCAACAGAUCUUUCAAAUAAAGAAAAAAACACAAAAGUGAUAAUGUCACUGCCCUACUGAGCAUCCUUUAGUGGCUCUCCAUUAUCCUUAGGACCUGCAUUAAUGGGCUCAGACUCACCAGUUUGUUCCCAUCUUACAUUUCUCCCCACCUAGGGCAUUCCUUGCUCCAACCCUAGUUAACUUCUCCCAGUUCAUGGAGGUGCCAUGCUGAUGCCAGGCUUUUACACGUGCUCAGAAUAUUAUUUUCCAAUUUCUCCUCCCCUGCUCAUUAGCUGGCUAACUCCUACCCAUCAUUCAGGUCUCACUUUUUUUCCAUGUCCCCCCAUUCACAAUACAGACCAGGCAAAGGGCCUGGGCUGAGGUGUAUAUGGGGUGAGUUUACUCUGCCUCCUCUUUCUGUACACAGGUCUCACUUUUAAUAGUAUUUCUGAAAAGCUUUUCCACAGCCCCUUAAAGUGGAAGCUUCCUGUGUCUGUCCCAUCACAGCAGCACCUAUUACCAUGGAGGAGUGGAUUGUCAUCACUUAUUUUAUUGCCUGUCUUUCCUUCUAGACAUUCAGUCCCAGGAAGGGGGACAACUUGUCCAUUGGUUGUCCACAGUGCCUAAAACAUUUUCUGGCAUAUAGUGCAACCAAAAUAAUAUCAGACAUCUGUUUUCCACCUUUAAGAUGAUUUAAGCAGAACCUCACAUAAAAGAAACAAAUUGAUAGC